UUAAAUAGGCAACACGAUGUCCGAGGUGGAGAAGGCUCAGACCGCUAGCGCCGGUGGAGACACGAUAUUUGGGAAAAUAACACGCGGUGAAAUACCAUGCAAAUUCAUACACGAAGACGAUAAGUGUGUUGCUUUUCAUGAUCUCUCACCUCAGGCACCCAUUCAUUUCCUGGUUAUUCCACGCAAACCUUUGUCACAGCUUUCAAAGGCCGAGGAUGGAGACAAAGAGAUGCUAGGCCACCUACUCCUUGUUGCCAAGCAGGUAGCCAAGGAGUUGGGUCUGGAGAAAGGUUUUCGUCUUGUUGUCAAUGAUGGUGCAGAAGGGGCACAGUCUGUGUACCACCUCCAUAUCCAUGUGAUGGGUGGGCGCCAGAUGGGCUGGCCACCUGGAUAAAGCAUAGGAACAGCAGAAAGACAUCCCAUAACCUAGGUUAUGAAAUAUUAAAUCAACAAUGAUUUUUUGCAAUGCUAUUAAUAAUCAUAGCUGAAUUUAUUGUUCAAGAACCCCAUCACCUUCUGUGAAAUUUCAAUUUACUUUCAAUUAGUUGAUCGGAUGACUCUUGUCUCUAGCUCAAGAUAUUUGAUAUCAUGUUGUUGCAUACCUUACUUAAAAUUCCAUAGUAAAAAGUACUUUAUUCAUCAGUAUCAUGUUAAGUAACAUUUAAGAGAUAGUGGUAAAUAAAGUAUUGAUCUUACAAUUGUAGUGCUUGUGAUGGGGUGUGAAGAAUAGGACCUAUCAUAAAAAUACAGAUUUUAAUGAUCA